CACAGAUGGCGUGCCUCUAUGUGUUAGUGGAGCGGUCGACACAUCUGUGCCUAACCCAGUGUUUGAUGUUUGUUAUUAUUAUGCGAUGUCCGUGGAGAAGCCGCAGUGGUUGAGGAACUUUGUAGCCGAAUACUUGAGUCCCCAUAAUUCGUAGCGGCAAUUGGGUAGCGUGGAGAACAGCGUCCGCAGUGCGUUGAGACAGGCCUGCUCUGCGCAGAACUCAUCUGCGGCGUCGGCUGACUGCAGGAGCAUGCCGGACUUGAUGCCGAACUUCUUCUCACACUGCAGUGUGCUGGGCUCCGUGGUAAGGAUUGCUUCACCGAGAUUCAGCUGAUCUUGGGUACACUCCGGAAUGUCAUACACAGUGGCUGCCUCUGUUCCGUUCGACGCGGCAAAGGCUGAACACAUCGAAACGUCGGCAACGACAAGAAGGAGGAGGACGACAACAGGUAGGUAAGCUCGUGGCGCCAUGGAUUGAUGGUUAGCUGUCUGAAGCAAUUGUGACGAGCAUUCAGCGUUUAUUGUCCUUGGUGUCGAUUUUUAGUCCCAGGGAUGACGCAAAUCAGACCUCAGAUGUCCAACGCCGGAAUUCAGUGGAAUAACAGCCUCAAUUUGGACACUUGGCUCUGGUCGAAGAUUGCCUCUAUGGGUGAUCGGGCGAUAUCUAGAAGUCGCUCCUUGCCCAAUUUGAACGCCUGCGCAAUGCGCAUGUACUCGAUCGAUAGCGUGGUGUCCAGCACGCCGUAGUCAUCCGUACAGAUACACAUGGGGUAGACGCCAAGUUGCUGCUCCUGGUCGCGAUCGUUGGCGAGAAGCCUACCGUGCGGGUGCGAGGUGAAGCCGCACACGCACAGCCCCGAGGCCUCGUGCUUCUCAUCCAAGGAACACUUACAGUCUCCAUCGUUGCGGUAUCUGUCCAAUGUAUGGACGUUGGAGGUCAAACAGACCUCGACGGGGAUUCGCAGCGCCAGCAUCUUGGAGUAGAGCGGUUCCGGUAGGCAACAGGCGUGACCUAGUCGGUCCGGUCGGAAAUUCAGGAUCCGAGUGGAUUCGUCGUCGUCGAAGUGUUCGGCAAAGUGCACGGCGAGCUUGAGGCCUCCGGCUCGCGCGCGCUCCAACACGUGCUCGAAGCGGUAGAAUUCGGAAUUCGGGCGCUCUGAGUUUCCGCUGAGGUCGAUACCCACAAUGAACGGACAAUUCUGCUCGUUCUUGCGCUUGAGCGCCAUGUUCACGGUGUCUUCCGCCAACUGCAGCGGUUGGUUCCGGUUGAUGCUUAGCAGCAGUCGUACCUCGAUGUCCAGAUCUUGUCGCGCGUGACUUUCUUGGAGCGCUGACACCACUUCGCCCACGUAAUCUGCACGGGUCGCGCCAUCCCUCGGCAAAUCACGCGGCGUGGAGCGCAAUUCUAGAUACUUGACGUUCUCUGCGGCAAAGUCCUCCACCGCCUCAAUGACAAUCCGGCGAAGUACGCGUCGACUAGUGACUACUUGGUGGAUCAACCCAAACAUCUCGAAACACUCGUCCAGACUGCGGUUCUUCGGAAGUCGCAGCGGCUCCGUACCAUUCCGCUUUGCUUCGUCCUGUAAGAGCUCCUUCAAAGUUGACGGCCGAAUAGACCCAUGGAUGUGUGCGUGCAGCUCCACCUUGGGCAGCGCCCUGCAGUACGCCGCAAGCUUGUCAUCUAUCGGACCCAAUAAGUCCAUCGAACGGUAUGAUGUGGUGCACACUUGGUGUGGUCUCACCAAAGAGACCGGUUUCAUUCCACGGUCACUUUUUCAAAGAAGUGACACAACAAAGGUAACAGAGCCGCCACAACCAAACCCACCGAGCCCUGUGUCUAUUAUAUCCCUCUUCAUCUCGUCAUGAUCGACCACUUCGUCAUCUUCUCCAAGACCGGUACGGUGCUGUGGUCGCGCACACUGUGUAAGCUGGGUGGCGACCCAGUGGACAACCUCAUCAACCGCGUGCUCAUGGAGGACCGCUCCGGCGAGAAGAAGUUCAUCGACGACGCGUACGCCAUGCAGUGGGUGUUUGAGAACAAGCUCGACUUGGUCUUUGUGGUGGUCUACCAGAAGAUCCUUCAGCUGCUGUACAUUGAAGAGCUGCUGGAGAUUGUCAAGAAGGACUUCAUCGCCAUGUUCCCGCAGCAGAUCGCCAACAAGACGCCCGUCAAAUACGAAGACAAGUUCACCAAGAUCCUCAAGGCCACGGAACUUAAGUUUACCGAGAAACAAGCACGCAAGGGACCGCGCGCGUUCAAUGCGUCCAAGAAGGCCAAAGCUAAGGGCGUGGUGUCCAAUACUUCGGGCAAGACGGCGUCGUCAUCGCGUUCCGCCACGACUGUGGAUUCUAGUGAAGAUGGCAGUGAUAGCCUUACGUCUGACGGGAAGGACAAGAGCCUGGAGGAGCUGGAGAACGAAGCAGCUUUGCGCUCGAAAGUGCGCGAGAUGCGCACGGGUCCGCGUCGUAAGGGCAAAGAUAAGGCCGCGAAGGAGCCCAAGAAGAGCGGCAAGAAGAUGACAAAAUGGGACGACACGAAGGUCUCCAAGAAGGAGGCCGAGGCCUUGGAUCGAUCCAAAACGAUCACUGCCGAGGAGGAAGAAGCGCAGCUCCGCGAGAAGCGUGAAGCCUACAUUGGAGAAAUGGAAGAUAGCGACUCGGAAGAAUUCUCUGACACCGACGAUGAGUCAGCAGCUUCGUCUGGAGCAGAAUCCGAGUCAAGCCAGGGCUGGAGCUUUUCCAAGACGCGUCUGGGUAACUUCCUGAGCACGGUGUCUGGCAACAAGAUCCUUGAGCGAGAAGACUUGGAGCCCGUGAUCACCCCGAUGCACCAAAUGCUGAUCAGCAAGAAUGUGGCCUCGGAAGUCGCCGAUGAGCUUUGCGAGUCUGUCAUUACCACUGUGGUCGGCCAGAGACUCGAGAGCUUUACGCGCAUCUCCACUGUCGUGCGCAAGGCUUUGGAGGCUGCACUGCUGCGUAUCUUGACACCGAAAAAGUCCACCGACGUGCUGCGUGAGAUUCUGCAGGCUAAGUCCGAGGGCCGUGCUUACAGCAUUGUGUUCGUGGGUGUGAAUGGUGUUGGUAAGUCCACCAGCCUGUCCAAGGUGUGCUACUAUCUCAAGUCGAAGGGCGUGAACGUCAUGAUUGCUGCUUGCGAUACGUUCCGAUCUGGAGCUGUGGAACAAUUGAACCAGCACGCCAAGGUUCUGGACGUGGAGCUGUUCCAGAAGGGCUACGCGAAGGAUCCCGCUUCGGUGGCCAAGGAGGCUAUCAAGUAUGGCACGGAAAACGGCUACGACUGUGUGCUGAUUGAUACUGCUGGACGUAUGCAAAAUAACGAGCCGCUUAUGCGUGCGCUGGCCAAGCUGGUAUCCAACAACGAACCCGAUCUGGUUCUCUUUGUCGGAGAAGCGUUGGUGGGCAACGAUGGCAUCGACCAGCUUUCGAUGUUUGACCGGGCUCUUGCUGACUACUCGGACCGCCGUGAACCGCACCGCAUUGACGGCAUUGUCAUCACGAAGUUUGACACGAUUGAUGACAAGGUUGGUGCUGCGGUGUCGAUGGUUUACAAGACUGGCCAGCCGAUCAUGUUCGUCGGCACGGGCCAGAAGUACACGCACCUGAAGAAGCUAAACGUGCGAACUGUGCUGCGUCACCUCCUUCAGUAAGGAUAUUUGACGCUCUGCUCGACCAAACGGAUCUCACGUCAAUUCCAUUCUUCAUAGUGAGGACGACUACUUUUCCUAACGCUUCAAAUAGCACUCGACGUGAUUCUCCAGUAUCUUCUCAAUGUUCGUUCGUACUGGCGCUGUAUCCGUAUCCAAGCUCUGGGUAUUGAAGCGGGGGCGUGACCAAGUCCACGCGAAGAGCAUCCAAAUCGAUUACCCAUGGCGUUCCGAGCCACAUGGCAUGAGUCGUGUGGUCUUCUCGCUCGUAGCGCGUUAGCGGGUGCACCAGAACGCUGAGCGACCCCCGGUGUAGCGUGAACCACGACAACACCUGGGCGAAGGACUCAGCAGGUACCCACGUCUCGAAGCUGCCACUGACGUGCGGACCCACAGGUUCGAGGUUCAUCGGAGGUGGCUUGCCCUCCAGACCUGGGAGCUCCUUGGUCGUCAUGCCAUUGCACACAGCGAUGAAGUUCUUGGGGUUAGCCGUCACUUGGUCCACAAGCGCAUCUCGUAGCGCUUGCGCCUCCUUCCUGGAGCACUCGUUGGUGUGGUAGAAGCACGUGUGGAAGUGCCACUCCUUGAUAGUGUUUUGGUCGACUUUGUUCGGUGACAUGGAGCGAUAGGAUCUAGUUGACGUGCACAAGGCGGAUCGGUAUGUGAGCGUCCGCUUUGACCAUGGUGGUCAUGUGGACUUGAUAACGCAUUUCAUCCAAUCAUGUUUGUUUUUGGGGAUGACGCGGCUUUGCAUGACCGCCCAUCACUAUAUGGCGCAAAAAAAAACGCCA